AAAGCCCUGCGCGCAUCCGACGAGUCACUCGCGUCCAGACACCGGAGAGAUCGCGCCGGGGAAUCCCCGUAACGACACCGAGCCGAGGCUGGUUAGAUGGCCGGUUCCGUCAGCACGCGCUCGGUAUAAGCCUGGAGUGAUCUGCACUCAUGAGCUGCGCGGUGCGCUCGGAGACUUCCGUCGCUUUCUCUUUAGGCUUUGAUGUGUCCGAGAGUUUCCCCGGAGCUCCGUGACUAAAGGAUUGUAUUCUUUGCGCUUUCUCCGACUGCAGGUGGUCACGAGUGUGACGUCAUGCACUGACAGCGCUGCGCGCGAGGCGAUGACGGGACCUGCUGCCGGUUCAAGAUGGACGGAGGAGAUGUCUCACCUGAAACGCUCCUGCAUGUCUACAGGUGGGAGCUGUGCUGACCGGGACGUCCCCUCCGUGAUGACCAGGAAGCAGUCAGAAGAGCUGGACCUGCUGGACUAUGACUUUAUCCUGUCGAACUGCAUGCUUCAGCAGCAAGAAGAAGAGGAGGAGAGAACCGUGUCCUACUCCUAUCAGAUGCCGUCUCCUCAGGGACAGGACUCCAGCCUGCUCUACAACAUCCCCGACAUCAGCGACGUGUCUCCCUCGGGGGGGUUUGUGGCUGAACUGAUGAGGCCUGAGCUGGAUCCUGCGUAUCUUCAGCCCACGAGCCUCCACGGAAAGUUUGUGGUGAAGACCACCAUGGAGAUGACUGACUACAGUAAGGGAGGCUCGGAGCCGUUUGCUUGUCCUGGGAUCAAACAGGAGCAUCCCAGCACCUGCACCAUCAGCCGACCCACGGAUCUCCACCUGGGACUGAACUCACGGAGAGCGCUGAUGGAGACGCACAGCUUCAGUGUGUCCCGAGAGGUCAUGGGUCCCAGCCGCUCGUGCACAUCCUCUCUGUCUCCAGACGAACAUCCUCAGACUCCUGUGAUCUCUGUGGCUCCGGGAUAUCAGCCCUCGCCCGGAUACUCACGCUUUCCUCCGUCAGGGCAGUACCAGGAGCUGAUGUCUCCAGCCGAGUGUUUGUCUGAAGAGUCCAAGCCCAAGCGUGGCCGGCGCUCCUGGCCGAGGAAGAGGACAGCCACACACACCUGUUAUUACACCGGAUGUGGAAAAACAUACACCAAGAGCUCGCAUCUCAAAGCCCACCACAGGACACACACAGGAGAGAAGCCGUAUCACUGUGACUGGGAGGGAUGUGGCUGGAAGUUUGCCCGUUCGGACGAGCUCACCAGACACUACCGGAAGCACACGGGCCAUCGGCCGUUUCAGUGCCAGAAGUGCGACCGAGCCUUCUCCCGGUCCGACCACCUCGCGCUGCACAUGAAACGACAUCUAUAACGAGACUGGAAGACCCCGAACAGUGAAGACCCCAGUGGACUAGUGAAGCACGUGUUGCCUUUGAUCAAGAGUCCGUGAACUAGAGCGGUGUCCUCCGCAGCAUCAGCAUCGGGACUUUUCCUGCUCUUUAGUUUAUUUUAUUCCCCUUUUUUGUCAUUGUCUUCCAACAUGCUGGUGAUUCCCUGUCCGUUUCCUGCACACUGGGACAAUACUGGAACGACAAAACUUGGAGAUGCCAAGAUGCCAAACACAAGACUGGAAAUAUAUGAAUAUCAGGGAUAAUAGAUGGACACAUGACAAUAUCUGUAUUAAAGAAGCCUUUGAUUCGGUCACAACACUGAUCCGUCUCAUGGGUCGGUUUCUUCUAAUAACUUCAGGUACAGAAUAAUAAUUUAUAAGUGUGUUAUACGACGGUGCUGAGUAUAGCCAGGUGUUCAGUGAGGUACCAAAGAUAAAGUGAUUUUGGGGUGAACGCAUGACCUCUCUCUGGUGAUGGACGUAUAAACUGCACUGUGUUCUGAGGUGCAAUCAUUUUGAUAUUAAAGCACUCAUAUUUUUAUAUAAGAAACAUUAACUCUGAACAAAGCUUUUUGUUUAAAGUCAGAUCCGUGUAAUAUAAUCUGAAGUUUUGUACAUUUGUAAAUACUUUUUUCAUUAAGGUUUUUGUAUUUUAUGUAUGAAUGCAAUCCAGUAAUAAAAAUAAAAAGUAUGCAAAUUGACUUUA